UGUUUCCUGAAUUUGAUGUUGCAUCAACUUUAUCUGUUGCAGUACCUCCUGCAGUCGUAUCAAUUGCUAAUUAUGCUUCAUCAAACGGUAACACUAUUGCUACAUCAGUAGCUACACCAGUUACCAGCAGUACCAAUCAAUCAACAUUAUCAGCUGGUGAGUUCUUUUUCAAUGCAGCACAUAAGCCAAUCUUUAAUGAGGUCAGAGGAAGUUUUGGUAUUCUUAUUGAUGAGCUGGUUCCAUUAAUUGCUCAAUCAAUUCCAUCAGCUGAAAAAAUGAAGUCGUUCCUUCAACGAUCCUUCCCUGAAUUAAGUGUUGAGCUAUCUACUGCUGAUGACAUUGACAGCAUCAUGAGCAUUAUUGUGAAGAAAUGUCGUGUCAAUGAUAUUUCAAUUAUUAAAACAAUUGUAAAACGUUUCAAAAUCGCUGAAGCAAAUCCUUUGAUAUCAGAAUAUGAAGAUGAAGUGAAGGCAGUUUGUGGAUCAUUGAAGGAUUUCCUUAGUCAGAAUCAGCCCGAGCAUUUUAAUGAUUUUGAAACAAUUCAGUUUACUUUGGGAUGGGAACCAGAUGAGCACUCACUUGAUGACAUACGUAAUCUCUUAGAGGAAGCAUUUAAAGAAUUAAACAAGAGGAUUAUUGUACGAAGCAUUCAUCGUGGGAACUCCAUCAUUAUCAUCUGUUAUGCUCCACAUCAUUUACUAGCUGCUCUUCUCUUGGAAGCACAAGACAACCUAACUGUCUUGAUGAAGGAAUUCAGUUUAAUUAGACUAACCAUUGGCCACUACACUGUCUAUGAUAAAAGGAUCAGAUACAAAGUAAUGAAUAAUGAGUGUCUUGCAGAGGAGAUUAAAGUAGCUGAUGGAGAGGAACAAGAACUGAGGACUUUACUUGAUUACAAAAAUGAACACAUGAAUACUACCAAGAAACGAGAAAAGUAUAUUGAAAGGACACUACAGACUCCAGAGCCUAAACUGAAAGCAGAGCUACUGACAAGAGAGAAGUUUAUAAAUGAAAUAUUUAAAUCAAAGAAAUCAGAGGCUCAGUUUUUACGAACCUCUCUCCUAAUGAAAGCAGGUACUGACUCUACUGGUAUAAUCUGUCUAUACUACCUCAUCACAGGAAGAGAGGAGGCAUUAGUGGAGUACAUCAUGCAAGAAAGUAUAUUAAAUACUCAACUGCUGCUGGCACAAAAAGCAAAAAUUCAGAUGAAGGAUCAGUGUACGCAAUCACUGGUAGUGGGUUCACCAACAGCAGAAUCUGUAUACAUAGCUCGAUAUGACUAUCAUGCAUUAGGGAGUGGUGAUUUCUCAUUUAGUGAGGGAGAGCAUCUUGAGAUACAUAGAAGAGCUGAUGAGUUUUCAUGGAAAGGAAAAUCCUUAGUGUCUGGUGAUAACGGAAAGAUUCCUAGUAGUCAUAUUUACUCAUUUUUGGAGUCAAUUAUUUUUUUUGAUUUCAUAAUGGCAGAGCAAGAAAUCUCUCUUCCUAUUUUACAUAAGAUAAGGAACGAUUCAUCUAGUAAUGAUGAGAAAGCUUCUCUUUUCUUGGAGACAAUUAAUGAUGAUCCUAUUAUGAUAUCUGCACUGAGACAGGACAAGAGACAACAUGAAGAAGGAGUCACUGGAGGUGUGUACUGGGACAAUGAAUGGAUAACACUUUCUUCUCCAUCUCCAAUUCAGUGUGAGGAGGUCAUUAGUAAAAUUAAUAACAAUCACCAGAUAUUUGAACUCUAUUACUUAUGUACUAAUAGUACAGUAUCUCUACUAUCAUCAAAUAAACUGCAUAUGCUAAACCUCAAGAGACUUGAAAUUUGGC